UUGGGGAGGGGGCACAAAGCGUUUCCUUUUUCCAUUUGCAUCAUGCUUUAUCGGAGCAACAACCAGAGCAGCUUGAACAUAACAUUAAAGUGACCAUCCAUCUGCUGAAGGAGCCGUCCGGAAACCAGACGCCUGCAGACCAGCGGAAAUAAAAGCAGAAAGUUCAUUUGGGCUUUUAGAAGCCAAAGUUUGACGUAAUUUUCUCCGGGACACCAGGAAAAGACAGGAGGGUCAACAUGGAAGUAUUUCCUGCGGAAAAAUGAAGGAUUUUCUCCUUUACAACUCGAAGGUUCUCUGAGGACGGGAAAAUAAUAUAGUAUCAUCGGAGCUCUUAAAGUUUUCCAGAUGUCUUUUCUGAUGCAAGCAGCGGCAGCUUUCUGAAACACCCCCAGAGAUCCCUGCGGUUCUUCUGGAUCUUCAGCAGCAGCAUCACCGCUACUUUCACUUCCAUGGAUUUUAGAGGAAAAAACAACCUUCCUGGCUGAAAGGAGCCGGAUUGUUCAGACCUUCAUGGUGAAGCCGCCUGCUGACUGAGACGUGCUCGGAGCAGAUGGAGACAAAAUAAAGCGGCUGUUAUGAAAAUGUUAUUUGGGUGAAGUUUGCGAAAGCUGACAAGGGAAGCCCAAUGAGUGGCACACAGCCAGUACUCACUGACAGGACCCAGAGCAUUCUCACAGACAAAAACACAAAGCAUGGGAAAUCCUCUUAAACACGAGUUUGACCCAACAGGUCUGGUCCAGCGCUGUGUGAUUAUCCAAAGAGAUAAAAAUGGCUUUGGUCUGACAGUAAGUGGAGACAACCCUGUGUUUGUGCAGCUGGUGAAGGAAGAUGGAGCUGCAAUGAGAGCCGGUGUCCAAACAGGAGAUCGGAUCAUUAAGGUUAACGGGACUUUAGUUACUCGUUCAAACCACAAGGAGGUUGUAAAAUUAAUAAAAUCGGGUUCCUACGUAGCGCUGACGGUGCUGGGGAGGCCUCCAGGCCUUUCCCAAAUGCCCCUGGAGGAGGCGCAGGAGCAGGAAGAACAUGAAGAAGUCAGCAUGCCUCUUCCUCUUUCAGCCCCCAACUCACCUGCACUGUCCGGCGCGGAGCGGAGCAGCUUUUUGAGCGGGAGCCCCCAGAACCACAAUAACUGCACUCUGUCUGAUGGGGAAGGAGCUUCGGGGCCCAGGAUCUGUGAUGAAGAUGAGCAAGAUGAUGGGACUCUCCUGAAGGAACAGAAUGGUGAAGAACCGCCACCAACCAGCAGCAAUGCUACCCACAGCACUCCCGUUCCAGAGGCGUCUGGAAAAAGAGAAUCUCCACUUCAGAGUCCGGACGUUUGCCGCCGAGAUUACCUGAAUUUCUGCUCGUCCCCCGACACUGAAGACGCUCCUGACACUGACUCCAGUCCUCAUUCUUCUGUGGCAAGCCCUCCAUACACCCUAAACCCCCAGAUAAUCGGAGCGGAGGACGACUACUUUGACUAUCAACAAGAACAGAUUAAUGGCGAGUGCAGCUGUUUUCAGAGUAUUGACUUGCUUAAGUCUCGACCGGCUCAUCUGGCUGUCUUCCUCCAUCAUGUGGUGUCCCAGUUCGAGGCUGCUCCUCUGCUUUGUUAUCUCUAUGCAGAGAUGCACAAACAAACCAGCUCCAAAGAGAGUCGACGCUUCUUCAUGGAGUUCCACUCCCUCUUCUUAGAUAGAACAGCAAAUCUAAAAGUACCAGUUCCUGAAACAAUAGCAGCAGAAUUAGAGAAGCGACGGCUGGAGCUGAUCCCAGAGGAUCUUUGUAAACAAUACACUCAGGUGUUACAAGACUCUCUUCUGUCAGACCUGCUCAAGAACCUGGAGGACUUCAGACAGAAGCGCAGCAUGGGUCUGACCCUGGCCGAAGACGAGCUGUCUAAGCUGGACUCGGAGCGGGGGAAGGACCAGCCGGCGCUGGAGAAGGAAUGCGCCUGUGCAGAACACAUCCUCGCCAAGAUUGAGGAUAUCCUGCCGACAACUCAAGCCUCCGAAGAGGAGAAGUGCCAAGCUAUGCAGUAUGUGAUUCUGACCUACAUGAAGCAUCUUGGGGUGAAAGUGAAGGAGCCUCGCGGUCUUGAACAGAAACGUGCACGCAUCACCUUCCUGCCCAAGAUUAAGAGAGGAAGCAAACCUGAAAAAGAUGGUGAUUGGAAGAAGCCUCGGUUUCCCAACAUCCUUCCUCCUCGAAUUUUGAGCAGAGGGGACUCCACUUUGGUGGUUAAGUCUGUGGAGAUCAAUAAGCAGCGCUCUCCGAAGUUCUCUCCGCCGGCCUUCGUCAUCCCUGAACCAGCCGACCAUCCUGCCUCGAACCCUGGACGCAGCCGAGUGAAUCAGCUCAGCCAGGGCUCGGACACCAGCACCCAGUCCACCAUCUCGGUCACCUCCUUGGGUCCCAGCUCCACGGACUCGACUGGACAAGAAACUGACUCCAGUGUCUCUCCAUUUUGCAUCCAGUCGAGACUCAGUGACGCCCUGCAGUCUGCAGAACACCAGGACGGACUCUCUAGUCCAAUCAGCACUCAGUUUGACUUCAGCCCGUCCAGUCUUGACCACCGAGAGGACGACCAGGAUGCCUUCAGGAUGGAAAUCCAGCCCACAGUGGGUUCAGCUGACUUCCAGAGCGAGGACGACCAGGCAGGAGAGGUGGAGAGUGAGGAGGACCCUCUGAACUGGCAGAAACUCGUCCCUCGAGGCGUCUUGGCAAGUCUCACUUCAAAGGAGAUCAAACGACAGGAAGUCAUCAACGAGCUGUUCAUCACUGAGCGCGCUCACCUGCGUAAGCUGCGGGUGCUGGACAGCGUCUUCUGCCAGAGACUGAGCAGACACGGCAUCCUUCCGCCCGACGACAUAAAGCACAUCUUCACUAACCUGGAGGAAAUCAUUCAACUGCAUGUUUCAAUAACAGAGCAAAUGACCGCCAUCAGGAAGAGGAGUGAGACCUCUGUGAUUGGUCAGAUUGGAGAUGAUCUCCUGGCAUGGUUCAGCGAGGAAGAGGAGAAGAUAAAGAGAGCGAUAGGAACGUUCUGCAGCAACCAGCCGUCUGCGCUGGAGCUCAUCAAGACCAGGCAGAAAAAAGACCAGAGGUUCAACCUGUUUAUGCAGGAGGCUGAGAGCAACCGCUUGUGUCGCAGGCUGCAGCUAAAAGACAUCAUUCCUGUAGAAAUGCAAAGAAUGACCAAGUACCCUCUCCUACUGGACAAUAUUGCAAAAUACUCUGAGGAUGGUGAGGAGAGGGAAAAGGUGAAGAAAGCUGGAGAAUGCUGCAAGAAGAUCCUGAACCACGUCAACCAGGCCGUGAAAGAGGCUGAAAACAAACAGAGAUUAGUGGAGUAUCAGCGAAGACUCGAUGUCUCGUCUCUGAAACAAAGUGAAAACCCCAUAAUCCUGGAGCUCAGGAAUCUGGAUUUGACCAAGAGGGAGAUGGUAUAUGAGGGCCCGCUCUCCUGGAAAGUCAAUAAGGACAAGACUAUUGAGCUCUACACUCUUCUUUUGGAGGACAUCAUGGUUCUGCUUCAGAAACAGGAUGAGCGUUUGGUCCUGAAGUUCCAUGGGAAGAACCUGACCAGCAUUCCGGACGCCAAGCAUAGUUUCAGCCCCGUCAUCAAGCUCAGCACCGUCCUGGUUCGCCCUGUAGCGACUGACAACAAGGCCUUCUUUGUCCUGUCCAUGUCAGAGAACGGGGUCCAGAUGUACGAGCUAAUGGCGCAAAAGGUGUCCGACAGGAGAACGUGGCAGUGUCUGAUUACGCAGUGCGCUGACGCCAUGAAGGCCAAAGCUCACCCCAGCGACAGGCCUCCAGCUCAGGCAGAAGCUGAACGGGUUGCAGUCGAGAUCCUGAACCAAGAGAUGCCCAAACAGAGCGAGACGCUGACUGAGAGCAUACAUUCAGCAGAUAAAGACGCUCCAUGUUCUCCUGAUAUUCAAUCUCCCAUCAACCCCUUUGAUGGCUUGAAAUCAGAAGAUGAGGAAGAGGAGCUGGCGGCUACAGUCAGGCAGGAGGAAGAUGGGGAGGAAGAGGAGGUGGACGAAGCUGAGUUGGAGGCCUUCCUGGACGGCCAGCUGACUGACAGACUCUUACAGGAAGGAUCCCGCCAGGGCAUCGCUCUUCCAGUCGAGGACAUGGAGUCAAACUUUCCCUCCUCCAAAGCUGAAGAGGCUCUGCGGACGCUGGCCAUGCUGAAGGAGACGCUUUACUCCCACAUGAUGAGCAGAGAAGUAGAGGAGGAGACAGAGGAGAACAAACCGUCUUCCGCAGGACCAGCGAAUGACGACCUGCAGCUCUCUUCUGCCCUCACCAGGGCGUCUGAAUCAGCACAACCUAACGGUGGUUUUGCGGGUCUGGACUUUGAAGCCGGUUCUGGGGAGAGCAGCACCGAUGACGACGUCGCUAUCGACAUGAGGAAGCUGCUGUCCUCCUCCUCACAGGCAGGGGGCGACGGCCCCGACCUGAGCAGGCAGUUGAUGACCCACCUGCGCCUCUUGCAAGCCGACCUGCAGUACCUGCAGGAAGUAGAGAUGAAGUACAACGAACUGCAGCAAAUCCACAACAACAGAUCUGCAGACUCGGAUGAUAACAACGAGGGACUGCAGUGAUCGUAGACCCGAUCUGAGUCAAAUGGGGGAUUUCACUUCACUUUAAGCCACCGAUAAUGGAAGCUCUACUGGGCAAAGCAUGAUUAUCAUGUUUUACCUGCAGAGACCUUUCCCUAUAAAACAAUUAACUGUAAACUGAUCGUAAACACUGGAUGUAUGAAAUGGAAAAAGGGAGCUUUGGCGAGGCGUUCAGGACUCCAUGGAUGCUUCAACAGCAUGGAAGUAAAAGUGCUAUCUCGUAAUGAUAUUUCCCCCGAAGAAAAAGAGAUUCAGAUGUUACUGCCAAGCCACAAAUGUUUUCAACAACUCAGAGGCAGACAAACUAAAAUAUUGUUUUUAAUGGAUUGAGAUAAGCAGAAAUGAGAGUCACUGUGAAAAACGUUUUAUGCCCAACGCAAACUCUGAUUACUUGGAUGUUUUAUUUCACUGGUCACUGAAAUCCCAUUUAACUGAUCCAGCACGUUUGUCAUUUCUUCACUGAUUUUUUUCACACAUGAUAGUCUGAUAGAUUUGGAUUGAUUGGGACCAAAAUUGCAACAUUUGUUACAUUUUCAGCUGCUACGGUUCUCUUUUACACUACCUUUGAAAAGCAUAUUCCCCUCCUCGCCUGUGGUGGCGCUGCAUCAAGGACCACUGAAGGAAACGAUUCAAAAGCCUCUGAAGACACGGAGAACAACUUCCUUCUUCUCAAAAUGUAAACAAAUAUGGAGUGACGUCAGAUUUUAGCGGUUGUAGGAUUUCUCUUUUGUUGUUGGUAAAAGACAACAAACCAUCUGUUCCACUAGAGCUGGACAUGUACGUUUGUUUUGGUUGUAUUUACCCAAAAUGGGCUCUUUGGAUUAUAAAGGUUGCGGACCCCUGAUCUAGACAAAAAUAUUUGGUAAGAUUUAAUGUUUUUGCAGUGCAUUCAAACUAGUUAAAAAAACCUUUUGUGUAAGGAAACCCAGUAAAUUGCAUUUACUCCUCAUAGACAAGCACACAGUGACAGUGGAGAAGAAAACUUAAGGCAUUCCAGCUUAUAUUAUGAAUAUUGUCAGAAAAAGUCUCAGCUACUGUACAUUCCCCAUUUGGAAGCAAUUUAUAUUUACUUGGCUGGUUUUAGGCAUUCAGAUGAAGCAGAAUCCUGAAUCAGUGCAGUCUUAGUAAUAUACUACAAAAUUAAAUAUUACAAACCGCAAAAUAUUACCAGAUAUUUUUGAUCUAGUUUCUACUACAAAUAAAUUGAAAUGAGACAAAACUAACUUGAAGGUAGCUUUUCAGGAAGGUAAGGGGGCUUGUUUUAAGAUAAUUCCUUAAUAUUGAUUUAAAAAGUACUAGUUUCACUGGAAGACAAACAUAUAACAUGGAAAAAAUGUCUUGUUAUAAUGUAUUAAGUUUUUUUUUUUAAAUUACAACAAGCUCCUACUAGUAAGUUAGCUUUCUUGUUUCAAGUGUGCUAAGAUAUUUGCACCAGAAUCUAGACCCAAAAACAAACAAAAAAACUUAGUAAUAUUUAGUGUUUUUGCUGUGACGCCGUUUACCUCCUGUCCAGUUGAGUGGAGUUAAUUAAACUCCAUUGUUUUUGCUACAGGCUCCCUCUAAUGUGUUUGGUUGAUUACUUCUUUUUAAAGGUUGGACUCACUGGCCGUAAGACUGCGCCGAACACACUGUGGCUUUCACUUCUUGGACAAUAAAGCAAAGACGGACUGAGGAGAGACAUGUUGUAAUGUAAAGAUGUUUAAUGUAAAAUGUUUAAAGUGUAUCAGCUCCGUGGUUUUAUCCACUGUUCCUUGUUUUGCACCAUGACGUCAUGUAAUGUAUCGACACAAACUACUUAAAGAAGAUUUAUUAUCAAACUGUUCUAAGCUGUUCCACAAGUGUUGCUUUUUAUUGUUUUAAUAAUAUAACAGUAGUUUCUCCUC